UUUCCGUUUCUUGCUGAAAAAAAACGGAUCUUUUUUUCACCCACUUCUUUCUUCUGCUGGACUAGAGUGGAAUGGGGAGGGAAAAGUUUCAAUCUUGCUGUAUUUUGUGUUUUCCUUUUCUGGGUCUGGGAGCUUCAUUUUUAGUCUUGCUUCCGGAGCCGGAGCUCAACUCAUUUGCUUCAUAGCGAGAGUGGUGGGUGGUUUUAGCGAUAAAGCCAGGCGGUUUUGCUGUUUCUGGAGAAGCUUUUAAGUGGUUUUGUGGUAAAUCAUGGAGGGGCACGAGUGAUGUGUUUUUUCCUGUUUGUCACGAGUUGUUUACAGCUGCUUCAACGAAGGUGAUAAGCGGUGUGAAAGAGAAGAGAUGAUUUUGUCAGUAUAUAGAGAGAGAGGGAUAGAGAAUUUGGUUGCAUAGCUUUAGUUGAGCAGUUUUGGCUGUAUGUACCUUCAUUUGUAAGGUAAGCGUGAAGUGUGUUCGUGAUCCUUCUCAAAAACAAAAACAAAAAAAAAGGACCCAAGAAUCUUCCGCUUCAUUCAAGAUCCUCCGUCCAUUUCAUUUCUCUGAGAUCACAAGAAAGAGAGAAAAAAAAAAGUUGUUGAGCCUUGAGAGAAUCUCACUCUUCUUUGUGUGAACAUAUAAAAGCUGGUCGCCCAGUUGCAGAGAAUAUCUGUCUGGGAACAAUAAUGGCUUUGGUUGCACAGCAUCAUAGAGAGAGUAGCAGUGGGAGCAUUGACAGGGGCCACCUUGACGCCGGAAAGUAUGUCCGCUACACGGCGGAGCAGGUGGAGGCUCUGGAGAGAGUCUACGCCGAGUGUCCCAAACCAAGCUCCCUUCGCCGGCAGCAGUUAAUCCGGGAAUGCCCCAUUCUGGCCAACAUUGAGCCUAAACAGAUCAAAGUCUGGUUUCAGAACCGCAGGUGCAGGGAGAAGCAACGGAAGGAGUCUUCUCGGCUUCAGGGUGUGAACCGAAAGUUGAGUGCUUUGAACAAGCUGUUGAUGGAGGAAAAUGAUCGGCUGCAGAAACAAGUGUCACAGCUAGUGUGUGAGAAUGGGUUUAUGCGCCAGCAAUUGCAAACUGCACCAGCAACUACUGAUGGAAGUUGUGAAUCAGCAGUGACCACCUCUCAGCAUUCUCUAAGGGAUGCUAACAAUCCUGCGGGACUCCUCUCGAUUGCAGAAGAAACCUUGGCAGAGUUCCUUUCAAAGGCUACGGGAACAGCUGUUGAUUGGGUCCAGAUGCCUGGGAUGAAGCCUGGUCCGGAUUCGGUUGGGAUCUUUGCCAUCUCACAUAGUUGCAGUGGAGUGGCAGCGCGAGCAUGUGGUCUUGUUAGUUUAGAGCCUAUCAAGAUUGCCGAGAUCCUCAAGGAUCGUCCAUCUUGGUUCCGGGACUGCCGGAGCCUCGAAGUUUUCACAAUGUUUCCUGCUGGAAACGGAGGGACGAUUGAACUUCUGUAUACACAGAUUUAUGCUCCAACCACACUGGCUCCAGCUCGUGACUUCUGGACUCUAAGAUACACAACCACCCUCGAGAAUGGUAGUCUUGUGAUUUGCGAAAGAUCGCUCUCGGGUACAGGGGCUGGACCUAAUGCAACAGCAGCUUCUCAGUUUGUGAGAGCUGAAACGCUUCCAUCUGGAUACCUCAUCCGCCCGUGUGAGGGCGGAGGUUCAAUUAUACAUAUUGUCGACCACCUUAACCUCGAGGCAUGGAGUGUGCCCGAGGUCUUGCGCCCGCUUUAUGAAUCAUCCAAGGUUGUUGCACAGAAAAUGACGAUUGCAGCACUGCGAUAUAUCAGGCAAAUCGCUCAAGAAACUAGCGGCGAGGUAGUCUACGGUCUGGGCAGGCAGCCCGCUGUUCUGAGAACGUUUAGCCAGAGAUUAAGCAGAGGCUUCAAUGAUGCAAUCAAUGGAUUCAAUGAUGAUGGAUGGUCGGUUUUGAGCGGUGAUGGUGCUGAAGAUGUUACCGUUGCCAUCAAUUCCACCAAGAACCUCGCAACUUCUAAUACACUUCAAAUGCUCGGAGGUAUUCUCUGUGCAAAGGCGUCUAUGCUACUCCAGAAUGUCCCUCCUGCUGUACUGGUUCGCUUCUUGAGGGAGCAUCGGUCGGAGUGGGCAGACUUCAACGUUGAUGCCUAUUUUGCUGCUGCUUUGAAAUCGAGCUCGUAUUCGUAUCCGGGAAUGAGACCUACAAGGUUUACGGGUAGCCAGAUAAUCAUGCCGCUUGGUCAAACAAUUGAACAUGAAGAGAUGCUUGAAGUCAUUAGACUUGAAGGACAUCCUCUCGACAACGAAGACGCUUUUUUGUCGAGGGACAUUCAUCUUUUGCAGAUGUGCAGUGGAAUUGACGAGAAUGCAGUAGGGGCAUGCUCUGAACUCGUUUUUGCUCCAAUUGAUGAAAUGUUCCCCGAUGAUGCACUUCUCAUACCCUCGGGCUUUCGCAUCAUUCCGCUGGAAUCUAAAUCAAAUGAUGUACAGGAUGCAUUGCCAGCUCAAAGAACGCUAGAUUUGACAUCAAGUCUUGAAGUCGGCCUGGCAACGACGAAUCAUGCUGUCGGGAGUGCCUCCGCAUCCUACACUGCUCGCUCUGUCUUAACGAUUGCCUUCCAAUUCCCGUUUGAGAACAACCUGCAGGAUAAUGUUGCGACAAUGGCCCGACAAUAUGUCCGCAGUGUGAUUUCAUCUGUUCAAAGGGUUGCAAUGGCGAUAUCUCCAUCGGGAUCGGGUCCUAGUCUCGGCCCAAAGUUGUCCGCCAUCUCCCCAGAAGCUCUUCCGCUGGCUCAGUGGAUCUGCCAGAGCUAUAGUUACCACAUGGGAGCGGAGUUGCUUGGUGGCGAUUCUAUGGGUGGUGAAUCCGUGUUGAAGAAUCUCUGGAACCAUCAUGAUGCCAUUUUGUGCUGCUCGGUAAAGUCGCUGCCGGUUUUCAUAUUUGCCAACAAGGCUGGGCUUGACAUGUUGGAGACAACAUUAGUGGGCUUACAAGACAUUGCUUUAGAUAAAAUAUUUGACGAUUCUGGACGCAAGGCGUUGUAUUCUGAACUUGCGAAAAUCAUGCAGCAGGGCUAUGCAUACAUGCCGGGUGGGAUCUGCAUGUCAGCAAUGGGGCGACAUGUUUCGUACGAGCAGGCGAUCGCGUGGAAAGUCCUCUUGGACGAUGAAAACACCGUUCACUGUUUGGCGUUCUCGUUUAUAAACUGGUCGUUUGUGUAAGUCUGUCCCGAUGCCCGGGAGGAGGGAGGGGAAACCAGGUUUUGCUUAGAGGAAGUUUUGUAAUGGUCUAAAACAGCAGCCAAAUAUUUUCAUGUGGUUAGAUUUGGUGUAUGCUUCUGAUAUUUGUAAAUGCUGCCAGUGUAGCUUUUUUACAUUUUAUUUUUAGAGUUUGGUUCUUUGAUGAGGCCAGGCCAAAACAUUUUCUGCUGCUUUAUUAUUGUGAUUAGAAUCAAUCAGCUUUGUUCAAAGCCA